AGCGCCCCGCGCCGCGGAGGACGAGCCGCCGGGGCAGCCCUUUAUUGCACUAUAUACGGACAAACGAGCUGAGCUCGUUUUAAUUUUGCAAUGAGACAAAGGGCGCGCUUCCUUUGAAUGAGCGCGCUCAGCGCGUGCAGAGGCCGUCGCAGCUCGCCUUGCCUGCGAUAGCUCUGCUCCGCUGCGUCACGCCGCAAAAGCCCUAUCGCCGGUUUUCCCUAAAAACGAAAAGCCGACGUACGAAACAGCGAGCCCACGCAGCUCCUUCUGUGCAACAGGUACCGCGGCGCAGUCGAUUUCCGCCCUCUGGAUGAAACUUUGCAGGCGUUUUUGUGUGUGUCAUGUGCAGCAGAGCCUGGAGGGCAUCUGGGAGGAAGCAAAAUUGCAAACAGCAGAAUUAUGUAACUUGGAAACGCGGCUGUAUAUCACAAUUUUCACUGGGAGUUUUAAUUUAGAAACACAGCAGUUGCCGAAAGCAGUAGUAGGAAACGUGUAGGUCAGAGUUUCCCCAGUGGAUGCUGACACGACAAACCCGGCUGACUCAACAGAGCUUCCUGUGACCCUCUGUUACUGAGAGAUGCCGUGAAAACCUGCGUUUCAGAAAGGUGUCCCAACGUGACUUUUCGGUUCAGGAUCCGAGGCUUUGAGGAUAAUCUUGUCAAGCCCCUCUGGACAUCCCGCCCGGUGUCCAGUACGCUUCCACCUGGAAGAACUAUCGAAAUCGCAUUAAAACUGCAUCGGCCUCAGACCGCCACCUUUCAUUCCCGACGACCCUAAAAGGCACGUGGCAGUAAGCGGCUCGCUCACCGUGUUUUAGCUGAAAAACAAGGCAAAAAAAGGAAAACUCCGCAGGGCAGCAUGGAAAGGAAGAACAGCGACCACAACAGAAGCGGGGAUUAUUUCACUUUAAAACAAUAAGCACGUAAAUUAUUCUUCCCUGAUACCUACUUCCCUUCUCCUCAGUCCGGCCCCUGACUACACAGUGUUUAUCGCGGCGGCUUUAAAUCAUCUGUGGGUUCGUAGCUGUUCGUUGCUUGUAAAUCUGGGAGGCUCGCACCAGUUUUUUACUGCCCGGCUGGGUCCGAGCGCAGGAAGGGUAUGUGGUCCGCCCCGACGCGGAGGCUGCGCAGAGCCUCCAGCCCUCCCCGGCCUCCCGCCUGUCCCGGGAACGGCACGUACCGAGUUCAUCUUCUCCCGACGGCCCCAUCCAAAGCCUUUCCCUGCGUCACUGAAAAGUCCCACUCGGGACGGGGUCUCGGCCGCGGCUCCCUCCUGCAGCCCGCAGAGCCGAACCGUUCGGCGCUGCCGCUCCCGAAGGCCUCUUACCCACCAAGAAGCGGUUUCGCAAGCCGCGGUUCGCGAAGGUAAUUAAGAACUCGCAUUGUGUUGGGCAAGCAAAGUCCCGUUGAGACGCGGUUCGCUUUGUUCAACGGCAGUCGCUCUCGUUUUUAAAGCCAGGAACACGCUCGAGUGCUUCCUGACUGGGAGGCACGGGCGGAAAGUAUUCAGGACAGUGUCACAGCUAUCAUCCCCUCCUUCUCACAGACUUGGGAAAUUUUUAAGACCUGGUUGGACGAACAUACUGUUCUGCUUCAGAGCAGGACGGAGCAGAUGGUCCUGCAGAUCCAUGUGAAAGCCUGGUCCCACCGGCCUUGUCCAUACGGGUGAAAAUUCAGUCUAGACAAUGCUCCUGAGUGCUGGGAUUCCCUCACCCGCACUGCCACGUUGUUAGCGCGGUCUUUGGCAUCGUUUUGCUGCGGGUCUCCAAAUAAUACCCGGAGACGCUGUGGCCAAUUCCCAGGAGGCAGUUCGGAUGAAGCCGCUCUUUUCUGGGCUCUGAGAGUUCAGGAGGGUGGACGAAGCCAGGCUUUGCCCGAGGUCUUCAAAGCCCCAGCACGGGCUUUAGUACUGUUAAUCUAAGACAGCGGUUGCUACUGAGGCCAAUAUAUGGGAAAAUGGAAACCUCCCCCCCAGACUCUGUCGGUUUUCUUAAGGCCGUGAUUUUCAGGGACUAUUUGCUGCAUUUGCACCAAUGCACCAGGCAUUCAUGUAUUGCAUGAGAAAGAGGGAUCCCCAUUUGGGGAACAACGGCGACGAGUGAUUAUGAAUCCACCGGACUUUCAUACUUGUAUUUAGCAUUGCCACCCUCAACUGUUCAGAAACCGCUAGACAGGUAACCAGAAUUGUGCACUUAGCUUGAAAAGUCAAGACAUCAAAGCCAAACUCUUAAAACUGGGGACUCUCUUCAUUUGCUUGCUAACUUUCCAACAUUCAUGUUUUCAUGCUUUUCUUCAGUAGCAUAGUAGCUAGAAAUCGAUUUAAUUUUAUCCUCCCUUCACCCCAAUUCUCCGUAAAUCACCAGAUCCCAUGAGCUGAGGCCUUUAAAAACAUCAAAUUCCACAAUGCUUGCAACAAGUUUGCAGGAAUUGGCAACAUUAAGAUUCAGAUCUGGAUUCUCCCGGUCUGGAGAUGCUCAGAUCAUAGUAUGGGUUGGUCCAUUCCAAGGGCAAUGACACAUUGGAAAAUCUGGGGCAAACUCCAAUUUAUUUGGUUAAUUUGGUAUUGGCCGCUUGGCUUUGAUUCAUCUCAUAUCAAAACAAAACAAACUGUGUUAAUAGAUUUAAAAUGUCAGUUGAGCACUUUAUCCUGAGCUUGUAUAUUCAGAAAUGAAGAAGCUGUUGAGGUUGAUGGACAGAGGCCAAAGUUAAAUGCCAGGGAGAGCAGGGGGUGGGUAAAACCAAGCCAAACUUAUUCAACUGCUCAGCAUUGUUAGACUCCAGCCAACAUUUAUUAUUAAUUGAAGUUAAAGCUGUCACAAAUGAUCAUCCUGUGGACGUGUUUUUUUUUUUUUUAUGUAUGACAUUUUUUUUUCCAUUGUGUUUUUCUGCCUAUUUUUAAAUGUUGCACACUUAAUUAAAAAAAAUCGGGUAUGUUUCUCACAUUGCAUACAUAGCAAUAUUGGAAAAACUCUAAGGACAAACAGUCAAGAAAACAAACGUAGAUAUGUCUUAGUUCUACUUAAAGAAUGUGAAAUAGGCUAAACCACUGUAUAAUAUGUUUUAUUGGAAUUUUUCACUUACCGGUCUGUGCAGCUUCACCAAGAUUCCUUGUCAAAUUCUCUUUAAGAGGAUUAAGUUAUCGUGGGAUAGCAAGGGAAAGCUCCCUCAUAGGUCAGUAACUGGUUAAAAACUGGGGGGGAAAGCACAGGAAUAAACACUUUCACAUCCAUUCCCAAAGGAAAGAGGUUAACAGAUGGAAUCCUUCAAGGAUCUGGCCUGGGUGAUUUGUUGUUCAACACAUCAUUACAAAAUCUGAAAGAGGAGUGAGCAGUGAGGUGACAAAGUUUGCAGGCCGUACAAAAUUAUUCCAAAUAACUCUGUAUCUGAAACUGACGGUGAAAAAUCGGGGAAAGAUCACACAGCACAGUGUGAUUAGGAAAUAAAGCGGCAGAUGUGAUUUAAUGUCAAUAAGAAGAAAGUAACACAUCUUGGAAAAAAUUAUGCUAAUCAUACACAUACAGUCAUGGCCUCUAAAUCAGCUAUUACCUCUCAGAGGGGGGAGAAAAAAGAUUUGGGGGUUAUUGUUGAUAUUUCUUGGGGAACAUCAGCUUAAUGCUCAGCAGCAGUCGAAUGAAAUGUUGGCAGUUGUUACGAAAGCAACAGAAAACAAAAUAGUAAACGUUAUGCCACUAUAUAAAUCUGUGUUGUACCACAUUUUGAAUGUUGAUGCAGUUCUGGCCAGUCCGCCUCCAAAAGAACAUGCAAAACAACUGAAGUCACAGGGAAGCGUUCCCAGGAUAAUCAGAAGGAGAAGACGGCUUCCACAUAAGGAAAGACCAAAAAAAAAGCAGAUUAGGACACUUGGCAAAUGACACGACUGAUGGGGCAAGGAGGAAGAAUCUGACAAAGUCCUCUGGAGUCACGAAUAUAGCUGAGAAAAAUAAGGAAUAAUUAUGCAGUACGCUCCUAAGACAAAAGCUGGAGACACCACAGAAAAGUCUCGUGCAAACAAAAGCGCCUUUCACAUAACGCAUGGCCAUCGGUGAACCUGCUGGGGCAGGAUGUCGCGGAGACCCAAAGAAUUAAAAGGGUUCGAAAAGAGACUAAACAAAUUAAUGGAUUAGAGGUGCAUUAGUGCUAUUAAACCCGAUAGUCGGAUGCUGUCAAGAUUAAAAGUGAAUUAUUACCGCAAAGAAAGCUGUCUGCCUUAUGCGAAACAGCUCGAUGAAUCUUCAGUCCAAGGUUUCAAAAGACUUCUCGCAACACACACACACAUAUAUAACAGACUCGUAAUUAGCACUUCUGAACUCCGGCUCUAGCGAUGGACCUUCCGUUUGGGAUUCAGGGUGAAGACUGCAGAAAUGUCCGGGUAAAUAGGAAAGAAAAGGAAAGCGCGCGCUGUGGUAGACGCUGUGGCCAUUUUGUACUCCGGGGAAGGAGGGUCGGGUAUCCAGGGCAGCGUGUCCGAGAUGGCAAGCGUGCUGUCCAGGCGCCUGGGGAAGCGCUCCCUGCUCGGCACCCGCGUCUCUGCCCCCAGCUCCCUGGCGGACGGGGUGCUCGUGACCACCCAGCUCCCCGGCUUGCCGGCCGAUCUCAGCCGAGUGUCUUCCCACGCAGCUCCGCGGGAGGACGGACCGUGCAAGGAGCGAGCGGAGGAGAGCAGCCGGGCGUCGCGCUUCCCGAGCCCCAACCGGCCACAGCUCCACGCGGGACAGCAAUGUAGUUUCUCCCACCUGAGAUGGUCUCGCGUGCUCCCUUGGUCCCAGAACACAGCGCGUUUGCGCUCUGUCCAUCCCGUAUUGACUUCUUCGUGCAACGCCCGCCGCCUUUCCAGAAAGAGAUCGUUGCAUCAGGUCCGGGGUUUCCGUGAGGAGCUGCAGGAAGAGGAGGGGGGAAUGCUGCGGUGGGAGGCGAGGCUGAAGACGCGCUUUCGCUGCGGCGUGAGGUCCUGCUCGGAGCGGUGGGAUUUUGCGGUGCAAAAACCCCCGUGCAUAUGGGCUGAUCCCAGUGAUGUGGGGAGGAUUUUGCAACCGAACGCAGCUGCGUGGAUGGAAAGGUUGCUGCGCCCCCAGCUACGGGGCCAGCCUGCGUCCGGUCGCAGGUGUCGUGCCCCGCGUCGGAGCGAGCGAGUGCUGGAGGCUCUGAGGGUUUUGGUUCCCGCCACCACCUCUCCCUGCUCGUGGUUGCGUCUAGCUGAAGUUUUAGCUCAGUCCCUCUCGGCCUCUUCUCCGUCCUGGUUAGAAGAGGCUGUUGCUGGUCCUGCAGCUGGGCUCCGUCAGCUGUGCGGUGACGGGGACAGCACGGCUACUGCCUGGCUAGCCGGGCAUGGUGGACACCAAGCCCUAUGUGCCGUCCUUGCAAUGACAAGCGCAACCUCCCCAGGGCUAACGCUGAACCGCUUCUCGCCUAUUGUCCCACAGGCCUUGCCCUCGAUUCAAAUCCCGGUGUCCCCACACAUCUUCACCAGCAUCAGCUGGGCAACUGCCACUUCGACGCUCCCAUCCUUGUCACCGGUUCGAAGCCGGUCGCUCAGCUUCAGUGAACCCCAGCCAGCGACUCCGAUGUUGAAGUCCCACCUGAUCGUCGCGUCACCUCCCAGGAUGUCCCUUGGCACCAGAAAAGUCCGCGGUGAAGCCAAAAAGUGCCGGAAGGUUUACGGCAUCGAGCACCGGGACCAGUGGUGCACGGCGUGCCGGUGGAAAAAGGCCUGCCAGCGAUUCCUGGACUGAGCCCCAAAGCCGCCGGGGGUCAAGUCGCUCCCGCUCCUUCCGCCGAGGGAGCGCCCGAGUUGUCGGCGCUGCGACCAGGGACCUUGGAGGUGUCUCCUGCGACUCCCGAAGAGACCUCGAGAGCUGCCUGUAAAUUCCUCCUUCUGUAUAUUGUACAUCUGCUGGGUUGCUGCUGCUUUUUUUUUUUUUAAAAAAACUUUUUUUCCAAAAUUUUUUUAAACAAAAAUGAAGAAAAUCCACCUUUUUAUGGUAAAAACAGUGGAGAGGGCGACGAGGGGAAGGAAGCUGGUUAGCUGGUGUUCAGGAGAGCUUAGAGGUGAUCUAGGGACCAAAGAAGUUCCCAAGUUUCCCAGAGCAUCGCUAAAAUCUCCUGAAUUUCCACGUCGUGGCUGGCAUAAGACGCUGGAGGCAGCUUUCCAUGGCCCUUGACUACCUAGAAGGUGCAAAUAGCUUUUAUUUAAGGGACAGUGUCGAUAAAAAUUACGACUUUUUUAAAAAAAAAAAAAAAGUUCAGCUGUGGCUGGCAGCACAUGAAUUAUCCCGACGGCAGGAAUUGAAGCUCCUCGCACUGCCGCCGCCGCGCCGUUCGCUCGUGACUCCGCGGGCCGGUGGUGGGGAGCUCGGAAAGGAAGUCUUUUAAUUAGGAAAGCUCUGGCAGUUUUUAAAGCAAAAGCCGAUAUUCUCAUUUUAGGCUUCGGAAGUCUGUUCAGCUCCUUGGAAGCCGACACCGUGGUCCUCACCGUGUCUUUUUAAGCUAGGCUGAGCAAGUUAUGUUUUGAAAAUGUAUUGAUUCGUCCGGUAGAGGCAGCUGGUAACCUGGGAGGACUGGAGAAGGUUUUCCCUAAGCGUGGCAGCGUGGCCCCGAUUGAGCAAAACACUUAAAUAUUUGCUUUUAAACUCUUCGGAUCCUGGCGGGACGUAAGCACCUCUGCGAGUGCUGCAGGAGAGAGGCACCAGGAAACGCUGAAGUGCGAAGGCAGGCUUGAGAGAUGCCUCGUUUUUAUGAAUU